UUGUAAUCAAUCUCAACUAGUUCAUUCAUUUUGAGUACAAGAAUGUCCACUAUAUCGUCGUUGCUAAGACACUCAGGUAAUUGGAACAAUGAAAACUGCUAUGUGAAUUUCAAAAUCGAUGCAGUGGCUUUUAGAGAAUAUUCGACAUAUAUAGACUUAUUACAAGCAGUUGCAACUCAGCUGAAUAUAGACAUGCAACUGAAAAACAUAUACAUCAAAUAUAUAGUUGAAGGUAACGAUACGCCAAUGGAAAUACAUAAUGAUAUGAGUGUUAGGGUGUAUGUGGAAUUGAAGAAAGAGAACAAAUAGUUAGCGAUGUAUCCUUUGUGCAUAACUACAACUGAUAAAAGCGUUGAUACUUGUGUAUCUGGUGAAAGUUGUAUUGAAGGAGGAUUUUUGCAAAUUGGUUACAUAAAACAAACAAAUGCUAUGGAAACAGUAGUGAGUGGAGACUUAGCUUCUUCAAGUUGUGGCAAUGCCGUUGUUGUGUUCGAAAACGACACAAAUCUGGUUAUAUCAGAUAAGAACCAAAAAAAGGUUGUUGUUGAUCAAGUUUACAAGGACAAAGAUACACUAAAGGCUGUUAUGGCGAAUUAUGCAAUUUCCAACAGGUUCAAUUUUCGUGCCGAGAGGUCUAAUGCGAUAAGCUAUACACUAUGUGUGUCUGAAGAGUGUGAUUGGAAAUUUAGGGCAUCGAGCGUUGAUAAAUUAGAAAUGUUCAGGGUUAGGGAGUUUCGUGACAAGCAUACAUGUCCGCUAAAAGAUAAGGUGUGUUCACAACGCCAUGCGACAAGUUGGUUUAUAGGUAGAACUGUAAAACCAAAAGUAGCCAACCAUAAGAGGAAAUACACACCUAAUGAUAUAGCGGAGGAUGUAAGAAAUGAUCUUGGAAUGGAUGUGUCCUAUAUGGUUGCUUGGCGGGCUAAGGAAAAAGCAAUGAAGGAUUUAAUGGGUGAACCAUCAGAUUCUUACAAAAAAUUACCUGGGUACCUAUACAUCUUGGAUAAAACGUAUCCAGGUUCACAUAUAAGAAUGCGAAAAUCCGACGAAAACGAGUUUCUGUAUCUGUUUAUAGCAUUGUAUGCAUUCAUCAAAGGGUUUGAUUGUUGUAGGCCAAUUGUUGUAGUUGACGGGAGCCACCUCAAAACAGCAUACAACGGAACGUUCGUUUCAGCAAGCUUGUUAGACAGUGGAGGUAAUAUACUUCCUUUAUCAUAUGGUGUGAUAGAUUCAGAAAAUGACAGGUCUUGGACGUGGUUCUUUGAGCGAUUCAGGGAAGCGUAUGGUUUGAGAGAGAACAUGUGUAUUGUUUCUGAUAGGCAUGAAAGCAUAAACAAAGCUGUUUCUAGAAUCUAUCCGAAUGUGCCGCAUUAAGCAUGCAUAUGGCAUUUUUGGGGUAACGUAUGUAAGAAGUAUAAGAAGAGCCAUGAUGUGUUGAGUCCCGCAUUUUAUGCAAUGGCAAAAGCGUACACGCAGGAAGAUUUUGAUGAGCUUAUGGGCAAAGUUGAGAAGCCAGAUUUUCGGGUGGCAGAGUAUUUGGAAUUGGCUGGAAGAGAGAAGUGGGCUAGAGUGUAUGCAACUGCUAAACGAGGGUGGACAAUGACUUCAAACAUAGCAGAGUGUAUUAAUCGUCACCUUGUAGCAGCACGAGAGCUUCCUAUAUUUGAUUUUCCGGAAGAAGUGAGGAAGAUGUUUGGAAGAUGGAAUUAUAAUAACCGGAAAAAUGGUACAUACACGUUCACAACACUCGGUAAAAAGUUUCAGGAGAUGUUGUCAAUAAAUGAGUAUCUAUGUUUACGUAUGACGGUCGAACCAUCAACCGAAUACUUGUACACAGUAUAUGAUGUAGGAAGGCGUUUCAUCGUUAACUUGGACAACAAAACUUGCAGUUGUCGGAUGUUUCAAAUAGACGAAAUUCCAUGCCCACAUGCAUGGGCUGUCAUUAAGAAGAAAAAUCUAAUGGCUGAUGAUUACUGUUCCGAAUUGUUCAAACUGCACACCGUGGUGAAGACGUAUGAUGUCUCCGUGGAUCCUCUCCCUGACGAGCGGGAAUGGAAGAUUCCAACAUACAUAUCAGAGGAUGUUGUUUUGCCACCAAGAUACAAGAGACCUCAUGGUAGGCCGAAGAAAAAGCGUGAUAAACCGUUAUUUGAAUUUCUUCUUGGAAAAAAGAGACAUGCUUGUUGUACUUGCGGAUAGACUGGAGAUAAUAGACGAUCUUGUAGUAAUUCCCCUAGAAGGAAAUAAUUAUUUUUUGUUUGUAGAAGUUUAGAUUUGUUACACUAAAUACACUAUUGGUUUGCAUUUUUUUUUUUUUUUGAAUGAAAAAUGAAAUAUGUUUCACGUACUACUUGUGUGAUAUCUUCAUUUAGAAUUGUA